GAGAACAGCUUCAGCCAGUUCCAAUAAAAGCUGAAAGCAGUCCUCCCCAGCGCAGCACUCCUGACAGGGAAGGCUGAGAGAUGGGUCGCUGUUCCUAAUGCUGGUAAAUCCUUAAACACUCAGAUAGAAACUGGGUUCAUUCGUCAUUUAUACACACCAGUGAAUUUUAGGAUGACUGUUACACCGAUUUGACCUGAUGCCAAGUGCAAACUGCAAAGAAUAGAUAAUGGGUGCCUUAGUUAUAAUCCUGCAAGCAAUCCUACUUCUCUCCAGUUUUGGCUUCACUGAAUCUUCUGAGCUUCUGCAAUGCUUUAACGAUUAUGACACCGAGCUAAAGUGCAGUUUGACCUUGGCUGAACCUAACAGUUGUUCUGAAAACCAACUCAGUGCUUCAGUAUACAGCAGAUUGUUUACAUGCCAUUUUGAUGAAAUCCGUCCUGGUGCAUGUGAAUGCAGAAUCCAGGUGCAAGGGUUUGUUCUGAGAGAGAUAUUCACAGUAAAUGUGCUGAAAGGAAACAAGGCUUGGCACACAGACAAUAUCAGCACUGAAGCAAGCAUUAAGCCUAGAAGACCAAUCAUCACGUCAGUCAUUCAGAAGACAAAUGGAGACUUUCUCAUCACCUUGAACACCACCUACAUACAGAAAACGUUUUCUGAAUCCCUGGUGGUGGAGCUCCAAUAUGGCAUUGAUGGAAGCAAUGAUUAUGUGACACAGCUUUUGAGAAACGGUCAAACUGCAUAUGAGCUUGUGGGCAGAAACCUUCAACCUAAUUCCAAAUAUAUUUUGAGAGCGAGAGUGAAAUCAAACUACCCACCUAAUAAGACAUUCAGUGAAUACAGUGAAGCACAUGUGUUCAAGACACCACAAUCAUUACAAAACCUUCUCAAAAUAAUAAUCCCCAUAUUAUGUCUCAUUCUGAUCAUUUGUAUAUCUUCAAUCUACUUCUGGUUCAACAGAAUCCUAAAACCAUGGUGGGACAAGAUUCCUACUCCCAAAUUUUCUACGAAUUUUGUAAAACAGGUCCCACAGUUACUAUUACUUCAAACGGAGUUCUCGUCUGUCAGUCUUGAUUCAACAGCAAACCACAUCGCCAAGAAGAUAUGUGUGGAAUCUUCUCAAGUCCAGGGUGAAGACAGUCACUGUAGUCUCAGUCUGGGGAAAGGUGUCGAUUCAGCGCCACUGAUUUACUCCACGACAGCCUACGAGAGAGUGGACGAGAACAGCUCUGAAGGUGUUCGGUUUGAGCUUGAAAAGGGACACCAAUCUGCAAACGCCAACCAAGUAUAUGAAAAUCAGCAGUCAAAUGAAUUCAGCUCAGGAAUCAAAAAUAGGUCCUAUUCGCAAUCAAACUCCAGCGGCUCAUCCUUUUUUAAUCAUCCAGUUUUUCCGAGUGAGAACGUCCUGGUGCUGCCGAAGCACCUGGACCCAAUGAUACAGACAGAUUUUGAGUACAGCGUGUGGAAUGGUUGUACAGACUCUGGAAACUCUACACUGAUUCACAUCACACCCCCCAACAAUGAGACGGCUGUGGUUCUCGGAUAUCAGAGCAUCGGUGACCACGAUGCUCUUAGCACUUGUAACGAUCCAAUCACAGAGGAGCCAUUUAGCAUCAAGAAACCACAGGAUGUUCUGAUUUCCGUCCAUGAUAGCAUCAUUAUGCCAGUGGAGGAAGGGUACCAAGCUUUUCCAAGUGUUGCCUGAAACACUGGAGAAUGGAAGAACUACAAAGUUAGAAUUAGAUUAGAACGUCUCUCAGGGCAAUAUUACGGCAAAUGGUCAUUUCUCAUUUUGCAUAUCUUUCCAGGCAUUCAAAUGGACUCGAGGUUUGAUGUGACAUCUUCGGGUAGAACUUCCUUAUGUAUAUUUAUAUGUCAAUUUCACGUCAAAUUCCUUGGUAUUUGAUAUGCAGUAGUGCUACACUAUGCAUUUGUGUUGCAUAUACCAUGAAGAUGAACAUCACUAGGAAGCAAAAUCAUAAUUCUCUCUUAAACUUAAAUGUUUUGGAUGUCCUUUUGUUAUUUAGUUACCCACUGUAUCGUUACUUCAAGCUGAUGUUUAGCUUGAAUUUAUGCUGUUGUUUUCCCCAAUUUAAGCUUUUAACGCACAUCUCAAAUCCUCUAUAUACACUAAAUACAUAAAGCUGCUCUAUAUAGCUGCACUGAGCUACAGGAAAACGCUGACUCCAAAAAGCAUGUUGGAAAUUCUACAUGAAAGAUCAGUGCCAUAAAGCCAAAAUGUUUCUUAACAGACUUACAUUAGAGGUCUUAAACAUUCAAAUAUGCAUUCAUGUGCAAAUUUCUGAAAAUUCUGUGAAAUUCAUUCUGACACUUUCAUUAUUUACAGUUUUUCAUUUAGUGCAAGUAUAAUAAAAUGUUACUAAGGUUUAAGACAGAUGUUCUGUACUGCUAUACAUCUCUGUGAAUAUGUUUACAUUAUUAUAUAAAGUCUCGGGGGUUUGAACAGUCA